AAAUUCAGAUUCCAAACGACCUGAAGCGACAUCCUCUAUAUUAGGAACCUCGAUCGUCACUUCCUGCUCCUGGAUGACGAAGGCAAGAUGAAGUUGAUUCCGCUUCUGGUCUCGCUCGCUCCCGCUGUCCUGGGCCUCCCAGCAGCCGCUGGCAGCGAUACCGCUUCCUUGGUUGAGAGUCGACAGAGUGCCAACACAAUCACGGACCAGUAUCUAUUCAGCAUCACGCUGCCCGCCUUCAUUGCCAAGCGCAACGCUCGAGACCCGUCAACCCUCGACUGGUCCUCGGAUGGUUGCACUGAUUCGCCGGAUAACCCUUUCGGGUUCCCCUUUGUCCCGGCCUGCAAUCGCCAUGACUUUGGGUACAACAACUACCGUGCACAGAGUCGUUUCACCAAAGCCGCCAAAGCAAAGAUUGACACGAACUUCAAAAGCGAUCUUUACUACCAAUGCGGCACUGUGGGCCUCCAAAGCAUCUGCAAGGCACUGGCAGAUGUUUAUUACGCUGCCGUGAAAGCAUUCGGGGGCAGUGAUGCCACAAAGCGCGAAGAGGACCUCGUUCAAGAGUACGAACAGAAACUGGCAAUUUAUAACCAGCUCGUAAAGGAAGCCCAGCAGAAGGGGGAAUUGUGGACCAUAGACUAGAUGUGUCAUCGUCUACGACGCAAAGAUCCCAUUUAAUGAUAAAUAAGAAUCUGUGUAAAAAUCCUUACUCCCUCAUCGAGGUCUACAGUUAGAGCGAGAAUGCCACAUUGACAUUCAUGACUACUAAAUUAAAGAGAUGGACGAAAUGGCUUCUGCUGCAGCUUGGACUCACUAGUAGAUAUCUCAAUCCGUGAA